CAGUUGACAGUGGCGGGUCAGCCACAUCGAACCUAAUAUCGAUCAUAUGUUUAGCAGGUGCAAGUGGUUACAGCCCCUCAGACUCAAACCGUAGAUAGUUCUCAAUAGUUCUCGAUCCAUUGCCUCCUUUUAUAUAUUUGCUCCCGAUAGCUCAGGUUUCACUGAAUUUCUAGCUCGCUGUUGAGUCGCAAACUGUUGUAGCAUCUCACUCUUCACACUCGUCUAUAUAACGAUGGCUCAACAGUUUGCUGCACCCAAUGGUCUAUGGAUCCUACGGAAAGAUGCUCAGAAACAAUAUAAUCUUGCACCUUCAGAUCUAGAUGGGAUUCGUCCUAUCUCUCAGGAAGAAAACCCGCAUGGAGGUCCUCACGACAUGUUUAGAUACAAUGUCAUCGACGUGCAGGCUUUAGUUCAGUGCAUCCAGGUUUACGCUGACCCCAGCACUGGUCCAAAUGACUUAGCCCCUAGGAAUGGCCUGCGAAUCCUGCACAUGAGAGCUUUAGAAACAUAUAGUUUGCAGCCUUGUCAGCUGGAUCGCAUUAAGCUGAUCAGCAUCGAAACUAACCCCCACAAUCACAAUGCUGCGCCUAUGCGCUAUUACAAUCUCAAUGGUGUACAGGUACGAAUUUCUCUUAUUCGGGGUAUGAUGAGUUGGUUCCUAAAUGGUGUUCUUGCAGGCUCUUUCACUUCGAAUUACUCAUGCUGCUGAAAAUCCUGUCUAAUCUUCACCGAUGAUGCAGAUACAGCUAUAGUAUCAAUGGAUUUGGGUUCAGAGUCGCUUUGUUUCAAUGAGUAUAUCGAGAUGUCAAGGUGUGGUGUAAAUGUAUUGUUUUCUGAUACGGCUUCGUAAACAGGUGGUAUCGCCGUUAAGCAGGGACGGUAUGGCAUCUGCAAAUUUGUAGUAUUGACAAUGGAAGGAUGUGUUUUGCGAUACUGUAACAUUAGCAAAAAUGUGGAUGUAUAAUUACUAAGAUGGCUGCAACUCGGGGGUUCAGUCUUGGUCACGAAGCCGUGUGUACGAUGUCUCAGUAGACGAUGCAGAACGACUGUAUACAUUUUACCAAUGUGAGAAUAAACACUACACUACACA